AUGGCAAUGCACACGCUGUAUGCUCUGCCUUACCUCCGAAAAACAAAAGGGAACAUCAUCAAUAUGUCCAGCAUUACCGCCAUUUUUGGAGACAAGCAAUCCGUACCCUAUGUAACAACCAAGGGUGCUGUUACUGCGAUGACAAAAGCUCUGGCCAUUGAUGAGAGCAAGCAUUGUGUCCGAGUCAACUGCAUCUCACCUGCCAGUGUUUGGACUCCAUUGAAGGCAAGUCUUAUAAAUGGCUCACCUGAUCCAGAGGAAGCAUUCCAGGAUGCCAAGGAUGCUCAGCUUAUGGGACGUAUGGGAACCCCUGAAGAGAUUGCAAAGCCUGCCCUGUUCCUUGCUACCGAUGCCACAUUCUGCACAGGAUGUGACCUUGUGGCUAGUGGUGGAUCUGAGCUUGGCUUCGCCCACAAAAGCCCAUUUACUCCCGGAUGUGACUCUAAAAACUAGAGGAGCCAAACAGGAUGAGAGUGCUAAAGUGACUAAAACAAGGCAAGCUGGGAGAACUGUUAGAAUGCAAACCUACCCAUCCUGGUAGAGGGCUACCUCACAAGGCAGUUGUAUGUAUCCAUAUAUUGUAUUCCAGAAAUCAGUGGGUCCUAACCUUUGGUCUUCAAGGUAUUUUGGACUUCAGCUCCUGAGAUUACUAACAGUUAGAUGGGGUUUCUGAGAGAUGAAGCCCAAAACACCUGCUUUGAAAAUCUGGAUUAUACGGCAGUCUAAGUCCAGACUAAUACAGCCUAUGAGAAGAAAGCACUGGAAAUUGCAGUCCAGCAACAUUUGCAGUGCCAAUAAAUGCUUCCCCCC